UUUUACGUACCUAUUCAUUUUAUUAUUUCAAGAUGUGUGAUGACGAGCUUGUGUUAUUUGAGUUCCUAGAAAGCGAUUAUAAUACUUCUUUGCGAAGACGAAGGCUCUUAGCUCGAAAUCAGUUUAACCCCUUUGAUUGGGAAGAUACGGAGUUUAUGAAACGAUAUCGACUGUCAAAAAAUUUGGUGACGAAACUAUGUGAAGAGAUUCGGCCUAUGAUGAACGUCGCUAAAAGAGCUACCGAUUUAUCUGUAGAGACAAAAGUUUUAACUGCUUUAUCUUUUUUUGCAACUGGUUCUUACCAGAGACCUAUAGGUGAUAUAAGUGGGCAUUCCUUGGCUCAACAAACUGUUUCAAAAGCAAUUGCUCAGGUGACUGCAUGCAUUAACUCCAUGGAAAUGAGAGAAAAAUAUAUAGUUUUCCCAAGAAGCCAUGAAGACCGAAAUAAAAUAAGGGCAAGAUUUUAUCAAAAAUUUGGCAUUCCUGGGGUUCUAGGGUGCAUAGACUGCACACAAAUAGCUAUUAUAAGACCAACAGAAAAUGAAGAACGAUAUUUCUGUAGAAAACAUUACCAUUCAUUGAAUGUUCAGCUUAUUUGUGUUGCAGAUAUGCAAAUAACAAGCGUGGAUGCUAGUUUUGGAGGGGCCACACAUGAUUCUUUCAUAUGGAAUUCCCAUCCCAUUAAAAAUCAUUUGGAAUAUUUGGAUGAAACAACAUGGUUAUUAGGAGAUUCUGGCUAUCCACUGAGGAAGUUUCUUAUGACACCAGUGGUAAAUGCUCUCCCUGAAACUCCGGAAGGCCACUACACUAAUGUACAUGUUCGAGCCAGGAAUGUAAUUGAGAGAACUAUUGGCCUUCUAAAGUCACGCUUUCGUUGCCUCUUGGCCCACAGAGUUCUACACUAUAAACCCCAAGUUGCUGCAUCUAUUGUUAAUGCUUGUGUCAUUUUACACAAUAUUUGCAAUAAAAUACUGUGA